UAGGUGGCCCUGACAGCUGAAACUUCAACCGCUCUUUCAAUUCAAUAAGGAGGAAAUUCUAAAGAUGUCUCAAAUUUACAGCUAAAAGUUGUAAUCUAUUCGGUUAAGAAAUGAAAUUGUUAAAACCUGCAUGGGUUACACACGAUGGUAAACCCAUUUUUUCCAUUGAUAUUCAUCCAGAUGGCUCCAAAUUUGCUACUGGUGGCCAAGGUGAUGAUUCUGGCCGUGUUGUUAUAUGGAAUGUGGCACCAAUUGUUAAAGAACAAGCAGAACAAGAUGACAAUAUUCCAAAAUUACUGUGCCAGAUGGAUAACCAUCUAGCAUGUGUCAACUGUGUCAGAUGGUCCAAUUCAGGUCAAUACUUGGCUUCAGGAGGUGAUGACAAACUUGUCAUGAUUUGGCAGCUCAGUCGUUAUGGAGGGAGCACUAUAUUUGGCGGUGGUGGGAAAACCAAUGUUGAACAUUGGAGGUGUGUUUCUACUCUCAGAGGUCACAGUGGAGAUGUUUUGGAUCUUGGGUGGUCACCUGAUGAUCAGUACCUGGCAUCCUCAUCAGUCGACAAUACAGUCCGCAUUUGGAAUAUGUUAAACAUGCCUGAAUCCAUUGCAGUUUUGAAAGGGCAUACUGGAUUAGUCAAAGGGAUUGCAUGGGAUCCAAUUGGAAAAUAUGUUGCAUCACAGUCGGAUGACAAAACAGUUCGAGUAUGGAAGACAGCGGACUGGAAACAAGAAACAGUAGUUACAGAACCUUUUGAAGAGUGUGGAGGUACAACUCACGUCCUAAGGUUAAACUGGUCACCCGAUGGACAAUAUUUGGUCUCGGCGCAUGCCAUGAAUGGAGGUGGACCCACCGCGCAGAUCAUUGAACGCGAAGGCUGGAAAACGGAUAAAGAUUUUGUUGGACAUCGCAAAGCAAUUACAUGUGUGAGCUUCAACAGUAACAUGCUAAGAAAGUCAGCGCUGCACAAAGGGACCAACUACUGCUGCUGUGCCAUAGGUUCCCGAGACAGAUCGCUUUCUAUUUGGCUAACUUCUCUAAAAAGACCGCUUGUUGUCAUCCAUGAACUCUUCCUUAAUUCUGUCCUUGAUUUGUCUUGGAGUCGAUCUGGUUACCAGCUAAUGGCUUGUUCGUGGGACGGAUCUGUAGCCUAUAUUGAAUUCGACGACAAAGAGCUCGGACAGGUUGUAAGUGUGGAAGAAAAAGAAAACCUUUUCCAACGGAUGUAUGGCAAAAAAUCCUUUUCAACUGGUGUUGACAAGAAAGCCUCUAUUGUAAUCGAAGACCCCGAUUGGAUUCAACCGCAAGUGGUUGAACCUUCUGUGCCUUCGGUCAUAGAAGAAGAUGGUGGAAUGUUAUCUUCAGACUCCCGUGCUUCCAGGACCAGUCAGAUUGUAGCCAAGGGUCCCACAGACAAACAAAUAGAAACCCGGACGGUGGAUGGUAGGCGACGCAUCACGCCAGUAUUUAUACCACCACUCAUGGAAGAAGACGAUGCCCAAUCUAGUCACGCAAGCAAUCAUUCUUCAGCUGCCUUGGUCCAGCCAACGUUUAGUAGUUCUACGGAAUCGAGGAGCAAGAUCGUCGUGGAGAAACGAGACGAAGUGACUAAGCCAGGUCUCUCCAGCACGACUUCUACCUCACCGCCCCCACCUCAAGUAAACGCACGGAAAGAGAUGUCUAACAUUUUACUGAAUCGCAGGCUCGAAAGAAAUGAGCCGGAAAGGAGCGUUGUUUCCGUCAGAACAUCUGGUUCGAGCGCCGCCUCUGUUGCCACCACUGGCAUCUCAAUAUUUCGAUCUCCCGAUUCUGAUAAAGUAGCAAUCGCUCCUUUGUCUGUACAGAAAUCUUUUUCCGUUCCAGCGUCUUGCGGGAGAAGUUUUGAGAUCGAAAACCAAUCCUAUUUUGUUGGUCAUAAAAUGGCUGUACACAAGUUAAGCUGCGCAAUGCAUGGAAAGGUUGCGUGGGAUAUAUUUAUGUCAAGCCCCAUGAUCGGGUGUGCAGCUAGCGUAUACUGUGUUGCUGUAACGUGUUCUGAUGCUACCCUUCACUGUUUUGCUGUGGGGGAUGGUUCGCGGAUAAUACCUGGCAUUAAGUUGCAAGGACCGGCGGUCCACCUCAGGGUUCAAGAUCAUUUUGUAUCAGUCGUGACGGCACAUGGACAGAUGAAUGUGUGGGAUAUCAUAAAAAGAAAAUCUACUCUUAAAACGUCGAUUCUAAGUUUGACUGAUUCAGAUGGAUCGGUUACGCUUACGUCGUGCACAAUAAGAGAUACGGGACUUCCUAUUUUGAGCUUUUCGAAUAGUAAGACCUACACAUAUUCCACUGAUAUGGACACUUGGUUACUUCUGGCUGACGCCAUGGAUCCCCUUCGUCAUGGUUCAGAUCUACAGGGAAUUUCGAGCAGUGGAAGUUUUGGCUCCGGACCAAGCCGAAGCUCCGUAAUUAACAAUGUGGAGUCCAAGAUAAUCUGCAGCAUCAGCUAUGCCGAUAUGAAAAUGAGUGCAUUGGCCGAGUUGAACUCACCAGCUGAAUAUCGAACGUGGCUCAUGACCAAAGUUAAAUAUAUGGCUCAACAGGGAAUGGAGGACCGACUUCGAAGUUUGUGUGAAGAUUUACUUGGUCCCGUACAUCGAUCAAGCCAAAGGGGAAAGAAUUGGCAACCCACCAUACUGACAAUGAAGAAAAACGACCUGCUGCAGCAAGUGCUGCAGGUGAUGGCCACUAAUGUUAAGAUGCAACGACUGUGCACGGAAUUUCAGCAGCAGCUCAAAAUGCUCACGGAAUUUUGAAUGUUUAAUUUACAAAGAGAAAAAAAACGACAAGUUUCUUCACAAGCAAAUAUGACUUGGAUAAAAAGAAAAAAGUAACAAUAUGUUUUCUUUUUUAUGUUUGGCAAUCUAAGCGCCGUUUAUGUUCAGCGGUGGCACUGAUAUUGCUUGAUGCUCAGUUGUCCGCAAGUAAAUACUGGUGAUUUAAUUUUUUGAUAUUAA